AUGUCUUCAGUGUUUCUGUUCAGAGUAAUUUCAAGUGAAAUUCUUUGCCACUUUUUGAUUACUUGGUGGCUUCGUUUGAGGUACAUAGAUUACAGGAAGCCAGUGUUAGAGGUACUAGAGGUGACCGUCAAUCGUGAAGAUGAAGUUGACCACGAUGAAUCAGAAACCGAGUUCAAACAAAUCAAUGGAAAAGUGACAGAAAAGUUGAAAACAGUUAAAGAGGAAUUGAGUUUGGAGAAGAUGAGAGAGCUGCAGAGAAUGAAACAAGUAAAUUUGGUCGAGCCACCACAUCCGUCGAAACUGCUGAUGCCGAUUGAACAGCCGGAUUCUGGCCGACCUGCAGCAGCUCUAUCUGAGCCAGAACCGCCAGACCCUAGUAUAUUUGUGAAAGAUCCGGCCACAAACCCACCAUCUCCAGAACCUCCGUACGCGGGCUCACGUAGUGUGAGCUGUCCACAGUCGCCAGCGGCUAUCCUCCUUUCGGCCGGGAACAAGUUCGUCUCAAUUGAGCCACUUUGUUUGUUGUGA